AGCAAAUCGGAGCGGAGGGGUGUGGCCUUCCCCGCUGAUCCCGCCCCCCUCCUCCCCGGCUCUGGGUAAUUUAGAGCCGCGCGCGGGGCGGGAAUGUAAGAUGGCGGAGUAGCAACGCAAAGCUGUUAGUAUUAGGUGUCUGGGCCGACUUCGGUUCUGAUCUCCGCAGCAGCAGCAACCGCUGAGUGAAGAACGCCUAGGGUUAUUUGCCCAAGAUGCCGAAUAUCAAGAUCUUCAGCGGUAGCUCCCACCAGGAUUUAUCCCAGAAAAUUGCUGACCGUCUGGGCCUGGAGCUAGGCAAGGUGGUGACUAAGAAAUUCAGCAACCAGGAGACCUGUGUGGAAAUUGGCGAAAGUGUACGUGGAGAAGAUGUCUACAUUGUUCAGAGUGGUUGUGGUGAAAUUAAUGACAAUCUUAUGGAGCUUUUGAUCAUGAUUAAUGCCUGCAAGAUUGCUUCAGCCAGCCGGGUCACUGCAGUCAUCCCAUGCUUCCCCUAUGCCCGGCAGGAUAAGAAGGAUAAGAGCCGGGCUCCGAUCUCAGCCAAGCUUGUCGCUAAUAUGCUAUCUGUAGCAGGUGCAGAUCACAUCAUCACCAUGGAUCUACAUGCUUCUCAAAUCCAGGGCUUUUUUGAUAUCCCAGUGGACAAUUUGUAUGCAGAGCCAGCUGUCCUGAAGUGGAUUAGGGAGAAUAUCUCUGAGUGGAGGAACUGCACAAUUGUUUCACCUGAUGCUGGUGGAGCUAAGAGAGUCACUUCCAUUGCAGACCGGUUGAAUGUGGACUUUGCCUUGAUUCACAAAGAACGGAAGAAGGCCAAUGAAGUGGACCGCAUGGUGCUAGUGGGGGAUGUGAAGGAUCGAGUGGCCAUCCUUGUGGAUGACAUGGCUGACACAUGUGGCACAAUCUGCCACGCUGCUGACAAACUUCUCUCAGCAGGAGCCACCAGAGUUUAUGCUAUCUUGACUCAUGGAAUUUUUUCUGGCCCGGCCAUUUCUCGCAUCAACAAUGCAUGUUUUGAAGCAGUAGUAGUCACUAAUACCAUACCUCAGGAGGACAAGAUGAAGCAUUGCUCCAAAAUACAGGUGAUUGACAUAUCCAUGAUCCUUGCAGAAGCCAUCAGGAGAACUCACAAUGGAGAGUCUGUUUCUUACCUGUUCAGCCAUGUUCCUUUAUAAUAGAGUAACUUCCUGAGGCUUUUAAAAAAUAAAACCAACCCCACCCUUUGCUUUCCCUUGGUAUUUGAUGACAAAUUCACAGAAGACCCAGCUUGUUCCUGUGUAGCUCUGUACAUCCCACAACAGGUGUAUUAGAAUUCAUUUUAAAUUGGGGAAAGACAGAUUGAGAUUAACUGCUGGGAUUUCCUACCUGAGUUGUCUCAUUCUGGCUUCCUUGAUGAUUUUGUGAGCCCUGCAGCUUUAACUAGAGCUCAGCUACUGUGAGAUUUGCAAACUUUUGAGGGUGUUCUGUAAAGCUGUUUGAAUGUGCGUGGCAAAUGCUUGGGGUUUUUUUUUGUUGUUCAGAACAAGUAGCAACGAAGCCACUCCAUGUACGACAAGUCCUCCAAGGUCUUUGCGACAUUACAGCAAGAGCCCUGAGCAAUGCAAAACAUAGUCCAGGUAGCUGAGCACCCUGGGAGGCAGGAGCAGGCAGUUCAGCUUGAGUAGCUGUUGGGUGGGAUCUUGGGGGGUGGUCAUUGUAUAAAAAGACUCUAGGGAGGAAGAAGCCUGAUCCAUCAUCUGCUUGACUGUGUAGCUUGAAUUCUUUGUACCUAUUCCUUUCUAUUUGGCUUUACCUUAAUAGCCAUCUUGAUGUUUUCCUGGCCAGAUCUUCUUAGGUCCAACUGAUCAUUGUACCAGUCUUCUGGAACACAAACUCGCUUCCCGCUGUGUAAUUGCUAGCAUUCUCAUUAGGUAAUUUGCUGUAGCUUAAUCUUCAGUCUACUACCACUGUGGUAGUAGGUUUUAGGUGGUAUCAUAGUGCCUUUUGACUAAUUUCACUAUUUAAUUUUCAUCUUUCCUUGGAUCCGUUUGGCCUCUCAAAUGACCUGAGAUUUCUGUUUUUGAAAAUUGAUGUCAUUGUCUCUUGUAGAAGAAACUAAUAAAAUGUCUCUGUGUG